UGCAUCUUAACGGGAAUGUAACUCACGGCUUUGAAAAGGAAAAGAAACUGUUAACUGUUUUCAAGAGUCAGCUCUAUCAUUUUCCAUUCCCAACUGUGAUGCGGGAGUGAUCCAGUCAUUCCACAUCCUGCCUUGCAUUUGGUGGUGGGGUCUCUCUCUCCCUCUCUGGCGCAUUUGGUUUGAAUCACUGUGAUAGGUGUGCAGUGAGAGCUCACUGCAGUUUUCAUUUGAAUUGCCCCAAUGGCAACUUUUUAUGUGAUUUCCUUCUGUCUACUCUUUGGUAAAGGUGGCAGGCCUUUUACUUUUUUUUUUUUUCCUUCUAUUUCCUUUUGCUUACUAGAUUGCAUGCUUACUUGGGGGUCAAACACUGAGUUUCCAUGCUUCAGACAGGAGUCCUUUAUUAGCUAUGUGAUUUGGACCUAUUUCCUCCAAGUUGGUAGCUUGUCUUUUGGGUCCUCUUAAGGAGGUCUUUCACACGGCACAGAUUUACAAUUCUGAUUGUUGGAUAAAAGUCCAAUUAAUCAACUUUACCUUAUGGAAAAUAAUUUGAUGUUCGACUGGAGGAUUCUUUACCCAGCUUUCCAUUCUGGAAAUUUUUCCCCACAUCUUCCCUAUAAGAUUUAUCAUUUUCCAUGUAAGGCAGUGAAUAAUUUUGAGCUACUUUUUAAAAUAUUCUUUUUUUUUUUCUUUCUGGGAGAGUGAACAUGUGCAUGAGCGGGCAGGGGCCUGCAGGGAGAAGGGAAAAGAGCAUCCUCAAGCAGCCUCGCCAGUGAGCUUGGAGCCCGACUUUGUCCCGGGACGCUGAGAGCUUGACAAGAGCCGAAAUCAAGAGCUGGCUGCCUCACAGGCUGACUCACCCAGGCACCCUGAGUUAAGUACACAAUAUAGAGAUUCUCCUCCGCUGCCCAACGACUGUUAGCUCCUGUUGCCAGGCACUGAUUUGCGUUGGAGACUCGGGUGCACCUCCCCCACCCCUACUCCCUUCAGCUCCUGUUGCCAGGCACUGGUUUGCAUUGGAGACGGAACCCUCGUAGGGGUUCCAAGCAGUUUCUAGUGGCCGAGAGGACACUGGUGAUCAGAGACAAAGCCCCCAGGCUCUCUGAAGCCAGCUGGUGGCCAUUACAAUGUCUCCCCACACAGUUCUGGAGCCGCUGUGGGCUCUCCGGGAGCAGCUGUGGGCUUCUGGGUUGGUGAUAAUCGAACGUUUGCCACAUGGGCCACGAGACUCUGGGUUUGGCUGGGAGAUCCUCGUGUGCACUGUGUUGGUGGUGUUCAUUACAGUGAAGUGUGGACUCCGCUUAAGAGGAAGAAAGGGGCACUGGGCCCAGAAUGAAGUAUCUGGAAAAGACAUGGAGAAGACCGACCCGGAUGCACCAGCCCGUGGAGCCGUCGCAUCAUCUGAGCACAAGGCCAGUCCUCUCCCGCUACAGAUCCUUGCUCUGGCUGCCCUGAAUCAAGAUGUCGGGUACUUUUCUGUGGAAGACGCUACGCAACUGCUGAAGGGAGUUCGGCAAAGGCUGUUGAAGAAGAGCCCUCACCAGCUCACCGAUGAAAAUCCCAUCUGUGGAGCAGCCCAGGGCGAUGGAGAACCCCCUGCGAGGAAUAUGCCAGAAGACUUCAAGGACAGCCCUGAUCUGCGGGCAAGUGCAGACCCUCUGUCUCAGGACAUUGGCAGCUGUGGGCUGAGAGUGCAGGAAGAGGCAGGGGAGGCAGGCAGGCCAGAGCUUCCUGACGGAGGUGUGCCGUGGCAGGCCCCCGCUGAGGGCCAGAGCCAACACCACACCCUCAGCCAGAUCCUACUGACGGUGAUGCAUCUGCUAGAGCUCCUUAGAGAUCAUCUGGAAGGUGGGGGCUCAAGGAGGCAGGUGCAGACUGGCUCCUCCUCCACUGAUCACGUGCCCCGUGGGAGCCCCCUGAAGAAAGGAAAGCCAUCCAGGGCACUGAAGAAGGCACGUCAGGGGAAUGAAGAGCUCCCAGGAAACACAACAAUCCACCAAGCUGAGCAAGUAUCUUUUCACCAGCGAAACAGCCUCCUGGAAAGUGAGAUUCAGAAGCUGCACCUGAAGCUCGAGGCAGAGCCUAAGCUGUGCGAAGAGCACCUCAAACACCUGGAGAGGAAGAUGAUGGAGGAGAAGGCACGCUGCCUGCAAGUGAAGAACGAACUUGCCAAGGUGCGCAGGAAGGUGGAGGCUGCCCACUGGAACUUAGGCCUCUACAAGAAGAUGGCCGACGACCUGCACCGAGAAUGGCAGAGAAUCUCCUCCUUGCAUGACCGAGAGCGCCUCCUGGUGGAGAGCAGAAGUGAGGAGAGCCAGAAGGCUGUUCUGUGGGCAGAGAGGGAGUUCCAAAGGCUCAAGGAAGAAAACCAUUGCCUCAGGCAGAAGCUGGCCAACUCUGGGCCCAAGGUCCAGCCUGUCUCCGGGAGGCCUCCUGCUCCUGCUCCUGCUCCUGCUCCUGCUCCUGCUCCAGCUCCUGCUCUUCUGGGCACAGCCUCCAAAUACCCUCAAGGGCCACAGGCUCCCCUGAAACCCCAGAAGCCCAAGAAGGGAGCAAGGGUGCACUGGCCAGACUCCAAGUUCUCGGGUCCCCUGCAGGUCUGAUUCCCUUUCCCAGCAGCCACCAACACUCACAACCAGAGCACAAAAGCUCCUGUGCUUCCUUACCCCUUAAGCCACACCCAUUGCUCCUUUUACUGGAGAUCCACCCCAUUAUUGAACUGAUGCUACCUAUUCCCUAUAGCCAUGUGACAGAGCAUUUUUCAAUGUUAAGGACCAAAAAAAUAAAACCAUCAAAUUGCUGAUACUACUGCUACUGAGAAUUCAUUGUAUGAAGGGAUUCUAUGCCAAGCAACGAAGGGUUUUAAGUGUCCUUUACUGAUCACUUAAUUGUCCCAAUAACCCCGUGUGUCAUAUACUACUGAGGUUCAGAGAGGGGACACAACUUGCCCCAAGAUCACACAGCUAGUGAAUUUCAGAGCUCCCAUUCCAAGCCAAGGUUGUCUAAUUACCCACUGAUGUGAAAAUAACUACCACUCCUACCACUUCGAUGACUUCUGCUUCUUCAUUUCUGAGAGAGAGAAAGAGCGAAGGCACACACACAUGCAAUCGGGGGAGAGGCA